AUGGCUGGCAAAGGAAUGUCUCCUGUCUUCGACGGUCUGCGCCUGGCGCUGCUGUCCUGGGGGCGAGGACACGGCCCGGCUCUGCGCCGGCCACCCCGGGCCCAGCCGGGCUGUAUGGAGACCGGCGAGCUGUACCGGAGCGAGGAGGCAGAGCUGGAUCCGAGCAAGCGGAGGAGCCCCUGCGCGGGCAGCGAAGCCCCCGACGAGGAGGAGGACGAGGAGGAAGAGGACGAGGAGGAAGAGGAGCUGUGCAGCGAGGAGAGCAGCAGCCACAGCGAGGGGGGCGCCCUCGAGGCGGGAGGCGGCGGAAGCCUCGCAGCGGACGACCUCGGGGCUCACCCGCCGCCCCCGCCGCCUCAGCAGCCCGGAGGCGCCUCCGGAGGGCAGCCGCCGCAGCCUCAGGCCAAGGCGCAGGGCCAGCAAGCAGCGUCGGCGGCGUCCGCGCCGUCGGGCAAAGCCAAGCGCAAGCGCCCGGGCUCGGAUUCCAAGUCGGGCAAGCCCCGCAGGGCGCGGACAGCGUUCACUUACGAGCAGUUGGUGGCUCUGGAGAACAAGUUCAAGGCCACGCGUUACCUGUCGGUGUGCGAGCGCCUCAACUUGGCGCUGUCCCUCAGCCUCACCGAGACGCAGGUCAAGAUCUGGUUCCAGAACCGGCGCACCAAGUGGAAGAAACAGAACCCCGGCGCAGACACCAGCGCCCCGACGGGCGGCGGCGGCGGCGUGGGGGGCGGAGGUGGAGGCCUGCCCGGCGCGCUCAGCCCGCUCAGCCAUUCGCCCCCCAUGGGGGGCCACGGCCUGGCCAUGCACGGCCCGCCGGGCGCCUACGGCAGCCACCCUGCCAGCGGGCUUGUGUGCGCAGCCCAGCUGCCCUUCCUGCCCAGCCCUGCCGUCCUCUCGCCCUUCGUGCUGGGCUCGCAAACCUACGGUGCGCCUGCCUUCUACACGCCGCACCUCUGAGGGACCGACGG